AUGUCAGAGGGAGUUUAUGGAAACUCAGAUGGAGUUGAAGACGAGGAGCCUGAUGCAAUGAAGAACACAGACAUUGAUGACCAAUUAUAUUCCAAUGUAAGAACCUUCAAGCCCAUACAUGUUCAGUGGUGGAAGAGACCCUCUGGAGUUGCUGCAGUGUGUCUGGGGCUGCUGUGUGUUCUCCUACUGGCUGGGAUCAGAGGCCUGUCUGUCUACUGUAAGUUGAAUGGAGUCAUUGGUCAUCACAACUCAACAGAGAGAAACCAGCUACAGACCAGUAACAACAACCUGACUGAAGAGAGAGAUCAGCUACAGACUGAGAGAGAUUUUCUUAGCGGGAGUCUUACCAAACAAUCCUGUCCUGAAGGCUGGCAGAAGUUUGAAUCCAGUUGGUACUUCCUGUCUACUGAGACUAAAACCUGGAAGGAGAGCAGAGAGGACUGUCUGGAGAGAGGAGCAAACCUGGUGAUCAUAAACAGCAGUAGGGAACAGGAGUUUCUCUUCAACCUCAAGAAGAGAGUCUGGAUUGGUCUGACUGACUCUGUUACUGAGGGGACCUGGAAAUGGGUGGACGGCACCCCACUGACCACCCCAAGGUACUGGAAUGACAAUCAGCCUGAUAGUGGAGAUCCUAGUGGGGAGGAGGACUGUGUUGAGAUACAUAAAAAUUGGAUUCCACUUAAGGCAUGGAAUGACAUGUCAUGUGACAUUAAACUCAACUGGAUUUGUGAGAAAGUGUUUUAACAUCAACAUGACAACAUACUGUAGUCUGCAGUGCACACAACUUCUUCCUUCAUUCUCUCUCACACACACAGAGACUCUUUCUGUCUUGCUCUCACUCACACACUCUGCCUCAAUCCCAACACCCCCUUACACAGAUUUUCACACACACACGC